GCUGGGUGCCCGCGCCCCAAGGGGAGGGGGCAAAGGCUGGCUACCCCCAGAGGUCCGAGUUGCGGACCCGCCCCUUUGCCUGGCAGCUCGAGUCUGGCUCCCCACCGGAGUAGCGUCCAUUCACUGGGCUCAAGGCUGCGCGACUUCAGGGACGCACAACCAGGGCGCUGGGCCUUGCCGUGGCGGCCCAUGGAGUCGGGGCUGCUGCGGCCUGCGCCAGUGAGCGAGGUCAUCGUUCUGCAUUACAACUACACGGGCAAGCUCAGAGGUGCCCGAUACCAGCCAGGAGCCGGGCUGCGAGCUGACGCGGUGGUGUGCCUGGCCGUGUGCGCUUUCAUCGUGCUGGAGAACUUGGCAGUGCUGUUCGUGCUGGGUCGUCACCCGCGCUUCCAUGCGCCCAUGUUCCUGCUCUGGGGCAGCCUCACGCUGUCCGACUUGCUGGCAGGCGCCGCCUAUGCCGCCAACAUCCUGCUGUCUGGGCCACUCACCUUGCGCUUGUCGCCUGCUCUCUGGUUCGCGCGUGAGGGAGGUGUCUUCGUCGCGCUCGCUGCAUCGGUGCUGAGCCUCCUGGCCAUCGCGCUGGAGCGCCGCUUCACCAUGGCGCGCCGAGGACCCGCGCCGGCUGCUCGUCGGGGACGCACGCUGGCCCUGGCUGUCGCCGCCUGGGGUGUGUCACUGCUCCUUGGGCUACUCCCGGCUCUGGGCUGGAACUGUCUGGGCCGCCUAGACACCUGCUCCACCGUCCUGCCCCUCUACGCCAAAGCCUACGUGCUCUUCUGCGUCCUAGCCUUCGUCUGCAUUCUGGCAGCCAUCUGUGCGCUCUACGCUCGCAUCUACUGCCAGGUGCGGGCCAACGCGCGACGCCUGAAAGCGCGCCCGGGAACUGGCAGCGGCUUCUCCUCCCGCCUACAUCGCACACCGCGCUCUUUGGCGCUUUUGCGCACGCUCAGCGUGGUACUCUUGGCCUUUGUGGCGUGUUGGGGGCCCCUCUUCCUGCUACUGUUGCUCGAUGUGGCCUGUCCCGCGCGCGCCUGCCCGGUGCUCCUGCAGGCUGACCCUUUCUUGGGCCUGGCCAUGGCCAACUCGCUUCUGAACCCCAUCAUCUACACGCUGACUAACCGCGACCUGCGCCACGCGCUCCUUCGCCUCGUCUGCUGCGGUCGCCAUCCCUGCUACAGAGUCUCUGGUGCCUCCCGGCGGUCCGGCACCGCCGCUGGGGCUUCACGUGGCCUGCACCGUUGGCUACCCCCCGGCCUCGGCCUAGACGGCAGCUCCAGCCGUUCCGAGCGCUCGUCACCUCAGAGAGACGGAUUGGACACGAGCGGUGACACAGCAGCACCUGGUGCUCUGACAACUGCCCGGACCCUGGUUCCUGCGCCUGCCGCAGACUGACGCCUUCUGACUCUCUGCUACGCUCCUCAGAGCUGUUUUGCAGAAUUUUUCUUUUUAUAUGAAGGGAUUUGUAGGAAAAGCAGACAAAAGACAGUGGAGGCAGAAGAGACACGGGGAAACAUAUUUUAUUGACGCUAAACUCCAUAACAGUGAAUAGACAAAAAUCCUGACCUUGUGGAAUUCACGUUCUGAAUUCCAGAGGCAAUAAUGAGAGAUGCAGAUAAUUUCAGUGACAAUACAAUGAUGUGAUA